AUGAAGAUCGUUCGGCAGAACGCGACAGCCAAACUCAGAGUCGACAAUCUACAUUAUGACCUGACAGAGGAUGAUAUUUGGGACCUUUUCCAACGCAUUGCUCCGGUGAAGGAGGCUCGAUUACGCUAUGACCGCGCUGGCCGUUCUGAAGGGGUCGCCUUUGUCACCUAUGAGCAUGUCGCCGAUGCAAGAGCUGCGAUCCGCGAAUUCGACGGUGCCAACGCCAAAGGACAGCCAAUCCAUCUCACACUGCUCCCACUCCCGAGACGGGACAACCCGUUUGAUCGCGUAGAGAACCCCAAGAGCCUGUUCGACAGAAUUGAGGCACCGGCUAGCCGCAGUCGACGACGAAGUGAAAGUCCGAUGGAAGAACUUGACGAAGAGCGAAGAAACCGCCGCGCGCCCCGACGGGGUGGCCCGAGAGACCGAAGGAGUGACACCACCAAACCUCCUCCGGAGAACAUUGAUCGCUACAUCCCAGGUCAGCGCGACAGCCGAAGUUCAAGUCACCGCGGAGGACGGAGACCAGGUGAACGGAGGGAGCGCGCCGGCCGAGAUGGAGAGGGCCAUAAAUUGGUGAACGGCAGGCCUCGAAAGACCGCGGAAGAACUCGAUGCAGAGAUGGACGACUAUUGGGGACACGGCAACACGCACGAGGGCACCUCGGCCAACAGCGCCUCCGAGGCGCAAGAAGCUCAACCCGUCGCUGGGGAUGACAUCGACAUGAUUGAGUAA